UCGCGCCGCUCCGGCCUGUGUGAUGCUGUGUCGUGCUGGCAGGAGAGCGGAGAGCUGCGGAGGAGGAGUUAGUUCCGGUCCACACAGGACGUGGAGGCGUAAUUUAUAGGAAGGAGACCGUUAGCGGACAGAGAAUGUUUUUCACACCGAAGACUUUGCGCAGAGUGUUUGCGAUUUUCUGUGCUAAAAUGUCCUGAACAUGUAACAUGAAAGAGCAGGCGUAUUUACCGGCUUUGGCCUUGUUUUUUUCUCUUUUGUCCUCUGAUCGGGUUGAUUUUCCUGCUGUUCCAUAAAGCCCGCUAUCAUACAUAAUGUGGUACAGAAGUGACUUUGAAGACGGAUGCGACUCUAAUAAACCAGGCUCCAGUAGUGGUGGAUCUCCAGGAUGGGUCCCUGUCCAAGAAUCUGCCUGGCACAGCAGCCCCACUGGCCCUGGCAACAGUAUCUGUGGACGCCGACACAGCACGGUGUCUGACAGUGGAGACACUGGCAUUGGCACUUACUGCUCUGACAGUGUGGAAGAUGACUCCAAUUCCAGUACCACGCCUUUGUCUUUCCAGCAGCUGACCCAGCCUCACGUGGGCCAGGAUGAUGAUGGCAUCCCUAUUGUCCAUGUCAUGCCAUCCCCAUCUUCCUCGCCCUACACCAGUUUGAGAAUGCCAGCCUUGCCCAGCACUACAAGCCACUGGAGCAGGUCUUGCCAGCUGCCUACACUAGCCAUGUCUCCCCUGGGCGCACCAAGCUGUCUGGAUAUGAAAGACCAUCAGCCCAUCAGGAGGUGGUCCUCUCUCACCAAGUUGUCAUCUGGUGCUGAUAAGAGCUCCACAAGGACAUCAGGCAGUCAGUACAACCCAGGUUCACAAGGCUCGCUGGACAGAGGUCUGCUGUAUGGGUACAGAAAGGAACCCCUUAGUUCCAACAUGGACCUUUAUCUACCAUUAUCUUCCUCUAUGAUCUGCCAUAGCUUGCUGCAGCGCUCACCAGGUGCUGGCCCCUGCUACCGGUACAACCACAGCAGCAGAACCACUGGUUUGGAAACAGACCUGUCUCUUUCCUCAACUUUGUCUUCACCAGUAAAACAUAACAGUUUGGACAUGACCUACAGUGCUUUAACAGAAGCUAAACUGGCUCAGGGAGGUGCACAGGUUCAUAGCCUCAGCUUACCCAAACAAGCAGACUCACCUCUGGCUCAUCAAACUGACCGAGGCUCCCCCAUUCAGACUGCAGUCCGCACCCAGAUGUGGCUCACUGAGCAGAUGGAGUACAUGCCCAAAGUAGAGCGUGGAGGCAAACUUGGUCAGAUCAACACUGCUACUGGAACAGAGAGCUGUGGUGCAGAUGGGCUGUCCCCAUGGCAACAGGGACAUCAGCAGGAACCAGGACUUAACCAGAUGCUGAUGGGGACCCCCCUUCCUCUCAACACUCUGGUGAAGGUUAAAGAGGGGCUGCUUCGACAGAGAGAACUGGAGAUAGAUAGACAAAAGCAGCAGAUUUUGCAGCUGCAUGUCCGGAUCAGAGAGAACGAGCUCCGAGCACAGCAGGUCCUGCAGAGCCAGAGAGCAUGGUUUGAUGACCCCCACAUUCUAAAUAGCAAGGAAUCAUCGAUGAGAACACAGAGCAAACAGCCAUCCGAUGAAGAACUCGGUAGGAAGCUAGCAGUGGCUGAACUGGAAGUACUUCAUUUGAAUGAGUUCUUCAAGCAAGUCACACAGAAAUAUACAGAAGACAUCAGAAAACUGGAGGAAAAGAUAAAGACAAGGGAUCGCUACAUCAGUAGUCUGAAAAAGAAGUGUCAGAGAGAGAGCGAACAGAACCAAGAAAAACAGCAGCGCAUAGAGACUCUGGAGAAAUACCUGUCCGACCUGCCAACGCUGGACGAGGUCCAGACCCAGUCCCAGCAGCAGGAGGAGGUACAGCUGAAGGCCAAGGAUCUGGAGAAAACAAUGUGUCGGUUACAGAAGAGCCUAGAGGAAGGAUGUGCCCUGAUGAAGGAGAAGAACAUCAAGAUCGAGAUGCAGGCCAGGAGAGAGAAGGAGCUGAUUGCAUCUGUACACAGUCUGCAGAAGAAGGUGCAGCAGUGUUUGGAUGAUGGGGUGAGGUUGCCGAUGCAGGACCUGAAGCAGCUUGAGGUGGAAAACACUCAACUUCUGGAGCAGCAAGACCACAGCAGCAGGCUGAUUGAGCGUCAAAAAGAACAAAUUGAGAGACUGACCUCGCAGCUAACGGCCACCAGUACAAGACUGCAAAAGAAAAGAGGCCUUCCUCAUCAACAACAGUCUUAUCCGCUGGAAAAGGAGGAAAGCCUGGCCACCCCAUCCAGAGUCUUCCCACAGCAGCGGCAGGUGGAUGAAGGGCUGUUGGUGCAUCCUCUAUCCCAUGUGAAGAUACCAGAAGUGGGUCGGCUGCUGAAAGAGAUGUCUCUAUGUCUGCUGGACCUCCAGGCUCUCUGCAGCAUCCUGGCUCAGAGAGCGCAGGGGAAGGAGCCAAACCUGUCUCUGCUUCUAGGCAUGAAAUCGUUGAGUGUUUCAGUGGAGGAGAGUGACUGCAGAGUGGUGGUGGAAGAGGAACUGAGGUUCAAGCUGCUGGAGGUCAGCCAGCUGCGGAGAGAUGUUGACGAGCUGAGGAAAAGCGUCUCAGACCGCUAUGCUCAGUAUGUGGGUGACAGCUGUGUCUCCCAGUAACACCCAGCACCGUCCAGAUCUGAUGGCACUGCUCCAACCAAGUGUGUGUUUUAACUCUUUUAGUCUUAGUACUUCAAAGAUAACCACACAAAGAAUUGUGAGGUCCAUAAAGUGUGCGUCAUUUUCAGGUUUGUACAUGAUGGAUGACAGUGUAUCAUGUAGACCAAUCAUGUUGUUUGGCUUACGCCUAUAUGGAGCGCCUGGUCUUCACAUCUGUUGUGGACUCAAUUGGACUGCACCAGAGAUCGCCCAAAGCGUGCCUGUCAGACUUCUGGAAAAGAGAUGACAGUUAGAAAUGAAUGAAAAUGACUUAAUAAGCAAUAUGAAGUGUGCCAUUGUGCUGUUAAUCACGUGAUGUAUCAACCACAGGACUCUUUGGUAAUUAAUAGGCAGAUAAAACAUUCAGUAAUGACCCUUCAGGUGAUACGCAGCUGUUUGUCACACCAAAAGAGCAAGAGUUCAGGAGCUGCUCUAGAAGGGUUAUUUGAACAGUCAGAACAUGUAUUUGCCUCAUGGUGUCCAUUUGUCACUUUGAAUGCUUAUUGUUUCCUGUUACUCUGGGGUAAAGCAAGUCUUGCAGCCAAAGAUGCUGAGAGAGCAAACUGAAACAGCACAUGCACUUUUUGGUAGGUAGACAGGGCAGUCAGGGGAGAAUGGAGAAAAGACCUGGAGGAUCGAGGAAGUACUGCCUCAAGAACCUUGAAUAUAGUUUUGGAAAUUGUUGAGACAGAAUUGUUACACCUGUUACUGACAAGACAGAUGUAUGUCACAAUAAACCAACGGUUUUAUUGAAAAUUAAUGAAAUGUGCAGCGCUGGAGCUGGUGUGCGAGGCGGAAUUUUAAUAGUUUCAGAUGUGUAAAUUUUUGCGACCAAUAAGGGGAAUAAAAAUGGUAUAUUAUAACAAUUAUAGCUUAAAAAGGAAAAAAGGGGCCUUAAUGCAAGAUCUAAAUCUGUAAGUGACCCCUAAAAUACCUAAAACUGUCAGUCCAACAUAAUCUACGCAAAACUGAGCUGAGGCUCCCUGUGGAGAGGCAGACUACACUGAGGGGUGCCCUGGGGUGCAACACAGCAAUCGUCACAGCAAAAAUGGUGCAAUCAACAUUGCUUUUACUCACAUGCAUGAAGUGUAAGGACAUCACCAUGGCUGCCCAGCCUCCCCUACAGCACUGACAGAGUCAAACAAAUCCUGUGUAUAACAGCACAGGUGAAAAGAAUGAUCAAUACAUGUAACACCAAACAAUACCAGCCACAACAGAGAGGGAGCAUUCCUCUUCUGAUGUAAUGGUGGAUCACAACCCAGCCUAUAGAGGAGCAUACUGCCACCUACUGUACUGGAGUGUGUAACAUCAGGGCUUUGCAUACUGCAGGUUAGAGAAAGAGGGGAAAAUACCCUAUAUCUAAUCUUCUGUCUCUUUAGGAAAGAUAAAGAGAACCUUACUGUUCCUCACUCUGAACUGUAUUUUGUACCAUACACCGCUAAUCAAUACAUUAUUGUGUUAAGGCCUCAAAAAAUCCAGUAGUGAUUGUAAUCAUGAUUCCUCCAUAUAGAUUUCUCAUCAAACUCAUAAUCCUACGUAUUUGAACCCUGUUACACCUUCCGUACUCUUAUCUUUUAAGCCUUCUCUGCCUGGUAAAGAACAUGCACCAUUACUUUGCAACUGACAUCUUUUAACCAUCAGUAUUAUGUUUUUAUGAUGAAUUAACAGUUGACAGUUCAACAUUUUUCCCUCUUUUCUGUGUGGCCCCAUCAUCUGUUUAAAGCAGUGACCCAAUGUCUCUGCCAGCAUUCAUAGAAAUAUAGUUUAUCGUAGUGUUAAACAGAAUAUGGCUAUCAAAACUGAAACAUCUCCCACUUAAGUACAGAAUGUCCAAUUAGAUGGAAAUCUAAAACUAGUUUUACAACCUUCAGCCAAACACCCAUUUUAUCCAUUUUAACCAGUAGUCCUCCUCUCCACAGUGAGCCAUACGCUUUAUUGAUAUCAAAAUACAAUCUAACCAUGAACUCUUUCAUACUAACUGCUUUUUCUGCCUCAUUUCUAACUGUCACUAAAGCAUCCACCAUAGAUCAUCCUUUACAUAAUCCACUCUGAUGUGUGUUUAACAAUCCUCUUUGUUCUAAAUAGUAUGACAAUCAACAGAUAAAUUAUCUUUUCCAUCCAUUUGCACAAGUGAGACAUUGUAGGCCUGUAGUGUCCUGCAUUAGCUGGAUCUUUAGGCUAAUCAAAAGGUGGUAUCAGUCCAACAGCUUAGCCACCUUGUCUCCAUAUCGUAUUAAACUGUUUUAAUAUAUUUUAAGAUUUUAUCUAGUGGUUGUCUAAACAUAGCAUAGCUGGUCUGGAGCUGUUUGCCCACAUCCUUUCAAAGCCUGUUUCAUCUUGUGUAACGUGAAAUCCAUUUCAAGCGUUGAACCAUCACUAUCCUUUUUCCUUGUUAGAUCUAUAUCUCCAUUGUUUAUGUAUUUCAUCUAGGUGACUUCCACUAUGCAGACACCUGCAGACUUCUUACCCAGUAGCUUUCUAUUUAUUUGUAAUUGCCAGAUAUUCUCCAUCUAUCAGCACUGGGAUUUUAACAGAUUUUCUUUUCCAACUCGUCCUCUAAUUCAUUGACCUAAUUCAUUAAUUCACCCAAUUUUAUUUCUCUUCUAAUGGAACAGAACUGCCUCCAUGCUGUCUUCUUGGGAGACUUCAUUAUUUUCCAUAUCAUAGUUCUUAUUUUGCUGAUUAACAACUCUUGACUUUCUUAAUAUUUUGAAUGCACGAUUUCUGUCUCAUAGCAUCUUUACAUUCAGCGUUCCAAUGAGGAACCAUUUUCUUUUUCCCAUUCACUGUGCUCCUAUGAUGCAGCACUAUUGAUCAUGGAAGUCACUGCUCCUGCAAAGCUAUCUACAUCACCCUCCAUCAAUGUUCCAUCAGAGGGCUCAAGACAACAAUCUGCACAUACAGUACAUAUAAAAAUUCAUAGACUAUAAUAUUGGAAAGUGAAUUCUCCAUAUGUUAAUGUCAGUCUUUACACUUCACUCACAUCUCACUCUUAGUCCUGUUUUAAUUUGUAGAGUCCUCCUUUUACUUCCUGGAUUAUCUCAUCGCCCUUCUUUUUUAAAUGUUUUGUUUAAAUAUCACUCCAUUCAGUUUGCUCAUACUGCUUCCUCUCACUGGGUCUUGUAACCUUUACUCUUUUGCCCCUGUCAUCCACUGUCAUCCACUCUUACCCGUCCUCUUUCUAGUUUCCUCCUGCUGUGACAUACUAUUGCUAUUUCCAUCAGCUUCAGCUCUGCUCAGCAGCGCAGGGCUAACAUGUUAGUAACCUGCACUGGGGCAACAUGUGCGACCAGACAAGUCAGAGAAUACACGAACAAACUUGAUUUGUCAAAUAUAUUUUUGUCUGCAUGAUUGAAUGAAUUUGUGACAUUUAUGUGCUCUAACCCAGCCAUGACAACCAAAGUGUCUGUUUUGGUUGCUGUAGUUGGUGUGUUCAGUCCGCCUGUGGAUGAUUUAAUAAGUCACUGGAUGGCUUGUUCCUCUGUAUAAGAAAUUAUGCUUUGUUUGACAUUCUUUUAGUUUUUACUGCCAAAAUCUAUUAAUGUUUAUAUGUUUAUAUGCAGUGAUGUUCCUAAAUGCUUUUUGUCUUUUGUUAUAUGGACGUUUGAUCUCAUUU